GGGGAACCGAGGAGGGGAACCGAGGAGGGGAGUCGAGGAGGGGAAAUUUGAGUAUUGAGAAGCCAAUUUAACCGAAGUGAGAAGGACCCAUGGAUGUAUACAGAGGUUGUGAGCACAACACACUGACUUUGAUUUCCUGUAAAUUGAGAGGGGAGGAGCAACACUCACCAUGUGAUCCAGCAACAGAGCAACAGAAAGGAACCCGACACUGAUAUGUUCAGUGAGUUAAGUUUCCAUUUCGAUGGAAGCACAGGCAGGACUGCCUCCAGAUCACCAAAUGAGUGAUUGUGAGGAGGAAAGUGAGGAUGUAGCAGUGUCUCCAGUACCAAGCUGUCUGUCUAUGAACAGUGACGAUUCUAAAGAAAACCCUCCUUACAUCAAUAAUGAACCCAGACCCUUAGACACAAAAGGUCAGUACAGCAGACAGAGAGCAGAGUCUCCAGCACCCAGCUGUCUGUCUAUGAAGAGUGACUUUUCCAAAGAGGCCCCUCCAUACUUCAACAAUGAACCCGGACCCUCAGACUCAAAAGGUCUGUACAACAGAGAGAGAGCAGAGUCUCCAGCCCCCAGCUGUCUGUCUAUGAAGAGUGACUUUUCCAAAGAGGCCCCUCCAUACUUCAGCAAUGAACCCGGACCCUCAGACUCAAAAGGUCUGUACAACAGAGAGAGAGCAGAGUCUCCAGCACCCAGCUGUCUGUCUAUGAAGAGUGACUUUUCCAAAGAAGCACCUCCAUACUUCAGCAAUGAACCCGGACCCUCAGACUCAAAAAAGAGGAAGAGGAGUGGUGUGUCUGUGGAGGAGAUGUUGCCCUGCUGUGCUCUGUGUCAGGACGUCCUGAAGGAUCCGGUCUCUAUCAGCUGUGAACACCGGUUCUGCAGAACGUGCAUCGCCUCAUACUGGGGUCAGUCUGCUUCAUCAGGAGGCUCCUCCUGUCCCCAGUGUGGAAAACAAUCCAGAACAGGUCUUGGACUUCAGACAGCAGAUGGUGGUCUGCAGGACGUUUUAGAUGAACAUAAGAUCAGCCAGAGGAAGAGAUUUGAAUGUGUGACUGAAGGAACUGAUAAAACAGGAAGUCUCACGCCACUUAACAGGAUCUACACUGAGCUCUACAUCACAGAGGGGCAGAGUGAAGAGGUUAAUGCCCAACAUGAGGUGUGGCAGCUUGAGACAGCGUCCAAGAUGGAGACUGCCAAUGACAAUCCUAUCAAGGUACACGACAUCUUUAAAGCCUUAGCUGACAAAGAGGACUACAUCAGAGUGGUUCUGACUGUCGGCGUCGCUGGCAUUGGUAAAACCUUCUCAGUGCAGAAGUUCACUCUGGACUGGGCAGAAGGUUUGGAAAACCAAGAUGUCGAUCUGGUGAUUCUGCUUUCCUUCAGGGAGCUGAACUUGAUCAAAAAUGAGCAGUACAGUCUUCUCAGGCUGAUCCAUGUUUUCCAUCCAACCUUACAGAAGGUCACAGCAGAGCUCCUCGCUGUCUCUAAAGUUUUGUUCAUCUUUGACGGCCUGGAUGAAAGCAGACUUUCUCUGGAUUUCAAAAACAACGAGGUUGUGUCCGAUGUCACGCAGAAGUCAUCAGUCAACGUGCUGUUGACAAAUCUCAUCAGAGGGGAGCUGCUUCCCUCGGCUCUUGUCUGGAUAACUACCCGACCAGCAGCAGCCAAUCAGAUCCCUCCAGUAUUUGUUGACAGAAUAACAGAAGUCAGAGGUUUCACUGACGCCCAGAAGGAAGAGUACUUCAUGAGGAGAUUCAGUGAUGAAGAAACAUGCAAUGUAAUAAUUUCUCACAUCAAGACCUCCAGGAGCCUCCACAUCAUGUGUCUGAUCCCAGUCUUCUGCUGGAUCACUGCUGCAGUUCUGGAGCACAUGUUGACCAUGGACCAGAAAGAGGAACUGCCCAAGACCCUGACUAACAUGUAUGCACACUUCCUGCUGGUUCAGACAAAGAGGAAGAAGCAGAAGUAUGAAGAGGAACAAGAGGAGAGUCCGCAGGAACUGACGAAGGCUGACGUGGAAGUUCUCCUGAAGCUGGGGAGGCUAGCAUUUGAACAUCUGGAGAAAGGCAACAUCAUGUUCUAUGAAGAAGACUUGAAGCAGUGUGGUCUUGAUGUCACAGAGGCCUUGGUGUUCUCCGGAGUUUGUACAGAGAUCUUCAAAAGAGAGAGUGUGAUCUUCAAGAAAGCCGUCUACUGCUUUGUUCAUCUGAGCAUUCAGGAGUUUCUGGCUGCAGUCUACUUGUACCACUGUUACACCAACAAAAACUCAGAGGUACUGGAAGCUUUCUCGGACGAUGAUAAAGAGGAUUAUGAUAGGCUGGACUCCUCUGAUUCUUUAAAAUGUUAUGACAUUAACUCUCCUUUGACAGUGUUCUUGAGUAGAGCCAUGAAAAAAUCUCUAAAGAGUAAAAAUGGCCACCUGGACCUGUUUGUCCGCUUCCUUCAUGGUCUCUCUCUGGAGUCCAACCAGAAGUCCUUAGGAGGCCUGCUGGGUCUGAAACAAAACAGUCCGCAAAUCAUCCAGAGUGUCAUCAACAACCUGAAGGAGACGAACAUGGAGGAAAUCUCCCCCGACCGAAGCAUCAACAUGUUCCACUGUCUGAUGGAGAUGAACGACCAAUCGGUACAUCAGGAUAUACAAGAGUUCCUGAAGUCAGGCAACAGAUCAGAGAAGAUGCUCUCUGAGAUCCACUGCUCAGCGCUGGCCUACAUGCUGCAGAUGUCAGAGGAGGUUCUGGAUGAGUUGGACCUGAAGAAGUACAACACAUCAGACCAGGGACAACUGAGACUGCUGCCAGCUGUCAGGAAGUGCAGGAAGGCUGUACUUCAGAACUCUGGGCUUUCAGACCCUCACUUUGAAGUUGUGGCCUCAGCCCUGAAGUCCGAUCCCUCCCACCUGAAAGAACUGGACCUGAGCAACAACAGUCUGAAGGACUCAGCGGUGGAGCUGCUGUCCACUGGACUGGACAGUCCACACUGUAGACUCCAGAGUCUGAGACUGAGUUCCUGCAGGUUAUCAGAGACCAGCUGUGUUGCUCUGGCCUCUGCUCUGAAGUCCAACCCCCCCCACCUGAGAGAGCUGGAGCUGAGCUACAACCAUAACCUGCAGGAUUCAGGAGUGCAGCUGCUCUGUGACUUUCUGGAGAGUCCACACUGUAGACUGAAGGCUCUGAGGUUGAGUUCUUGCAGUUUGUCAGGGGGCAGCUGUACUUCUCUGGCCUCAGCUCUGAAGUCCAACCCCUCUAAUCUCAGAGAGCUGGACCUGAGAGGAAACAAGCUGCAGGACACGGCAGUAAAGCUGCUCUGUGAUUUUCUACAGAAUCCACACUGUAAACUGGAGACUCUGAGACUGGGGGGCUGCAGCUUGUUGGAGAGCAGCUGUGUUUCUCUGGCCUCAGCUCUGAAGUCCAACCCCUCCCACCUGAGAAAGCUGGACCUGAGGGACAACAAGCUGCAGGAUUCAGCAGUGAAGCUGCUCUGUGAUCUUUUGGAGAGUCCUGACUGUAGCCUGGAGACUCUUAGGUGGAAGUGAUCUCACUGAGGAGUGAGCGAUCAGAAAGGGUGAAGCCUGAGAGGAACGGCUCUCCUGAUGAUCCAGAGAUUGAAGCAUCUCCAGCUCUGACUGAGCAAGGAUACAAGUGGACAUCUCGAGUACCUCGCGUCCGGCAUUAGAAUAAGUCUUUGACCACAUGUGAUCGGAUCUCCCUUCCCAAAAAAUACAUAAUGAAAAGUUGAUUUUGUGAUUUUGUGCUUAAUUUUAGGUUUACUCAUAAACCAUACAUUAUUUCAGAAACCUGCAAUAAUAAAAAAGUGCUUUUUGUACAUCCAUAGUGUCGAUGGAAAGUGACGUGUGUAGCCUAAAUUGUUUGAAUGUUUGUAUACAUUUCAUGAACCUUAAAAUAUAAGGUUAUAGUCUACUGAUGGUGGUAGACAAGUACCGGGAACCUCCAUGCAUCCUGCUUUUCUCGGGUGUAUUGUUAUAGAUUUAGGUGAAAUUCAAUCAAUAAUCAGAGGAGCCCAUUGGGGUAACAAACCCUGGAUCUCUGGAUCCACAUUUGAUACCAUUAUAUAAUUGAUACGUCUGUCUUUUCAAAAUGUUGAUAACGUUUUGAAAUUAAUCAAUCAAUUGCUGAUUUAGUUUAUAUUCUUAGAUACGUUGUUGAUCACUAAAGAAUGUUGUGCUUGCAGUACUUAGUAUAGUAAGACAAUGAAUGUCUCUGCGGACCUACUCUAUUGUUUGACCAAUCCGAACACUAUUUGAAAAAACAUGAUAUCUAACAAAAA